AUGGCAGAAUCAGCAGAGAUAAAGACAGACUACUAUCGAUGUGAGUUGAACAAAACAGUCUGGGAAAUACCGAUACAUUAUCAAAAUUUAAGCCCAAUCGGUUCCGGAGCAUACGGACAAGUCUGUUCAGCGAUAGAUACCCGUACCAAUAUUGAAAUCGCGAUUAAGAAAUUAUCACGCCCUUUUGAAUCAAACACCUUCGGCAAAAGAACAUUCCGUGAAAUGAAACUUCUUAUGCACAUGAACCAGGAGCAGGUCAUCAGUUUACUGGAUACUUUCACACCGACUAGUGGACGGUCUAAUUUUAGCGAUGUAUAUUUAGUUACUCCAUUAAUGGGAGCAGAUUUAAAUACGGUAAUCAAAUGUCAACCGCUAUCUGAUGAUCAUGUCAAAUUUCUUGUUUAUCAACUAAUGAGAGGAUUAAAGUAUAUCCAUUCCUGCAGGAUAAUCCAUCGCGACUUGAAGCCAAGCAAUAUCGCUGUCAAUGAGAAUUGCGAAUUAAAGAUUCUUGAUUUUGGAUUGGCUCGUAAGGCGUCAGAAGAAUUAACUGGUUAUGUCGCUACAAGGUGGUAUCGAGCUCCAGAGAUUAUGCUUAAUUGGAUGCAUUACAAUCAAACUGUUGACAUUUGGUCCGUUGGAUGUAUUAUGGCGGAAAUGUUAACAUCUAGACCACUCUUUCCUGGAAAUGAUCAUAUCGAUCAACUUACACGUAUCUUGGAACUGGUGGGAUGUCCUUCGGAUGAGUUUAUUAGAAAAAUUCAGAGUGAAGCCGCUAGAAAUUAUGUUGCCGGUAUGCCUAAAUUUCCAAGAAAAGAUUUUUCGACGGUUUUUCUGGGAGCUAAUCCGGAAGCCAUAGAUUUACUUGAAAAAAUGUUAACUUUGGACUCCUCACAAAGAAUCGAUGCCAUCGAGGCCUUAGCGCAUCCUUAUCUGGCUGAAUAUGCAGACCCAGAUGAUGAGCCAUCCGGAGAGCCAUUUGAUGAAGGAUUUGAAGACUUGGAAAUCUCUGUUGAACAAUGGAAAGAUAUGGUGUAUAAACAAAUUGAAGAAUUUAAAAGAAUAAACCCUUCCGCAAGUCCUUAA